CUCCCAAACAUGAGGGCUAUGUACCCAAAUCCAAUGCAUGCUGCAUAUUUUACAGGCAUGCCACGCGUUAAAGGUACUCCGAAGCAAAAAGAUGCAACACCGGCUACUGAGUUCGUCAUCAGCCCAGCGGCCGCCACUACCGCCAUCACAGCCACCAGCACCACCGCCGCCGCCGUCACCAGCAUCGCGGCUCCUCCAGUCACCAUCCCUGACCCAAUGCAGGCGUUCGCCCUCAUCUCUAAGGUCAUUCAAACUGGCAAUUUUCUUCCCUUCCCGCCAAUCGAUGCCAAAACAAAUCAGCUCAUUCCCCCGUUGGGCCUCAACAUUUCCCCCUCUCCAAUCCUCACAACUUCCCCACCUCCUCCUCCUCCUCCUCAUCCACCUCCUCCUCUCUUUUUCCUGCCCGAGAAAGUGAACUCCCAACCACUGAGGGAUCGCGACAGAGAGAUGAUCUCGUGCAGUGUUUGUCAGAAGACAAUGCGUCGAGGCAGUCUGCGUGAACACAUGGACCGUCACGAGAAUAGCGGCAAGUUUGAGUGUGAACUCUGCGGGAAAAACUUUAGUCGAGCCAGUGCUCGGGAGAAGCACAUCCGCACGCACACCGGGGAAAGACCGUUUCAGUGCGAGCUCUGUCCCAAGGCCUACCGUCAAAAGGUUCAUCUCAACGAACACAUGCGGUCGCAUUCAGGCGAGAGGCCAUUCGUCUGCCGUUUGUGUGGCUUCUCAUUGGCGUCGAAAUCUCUUCUGAAUCGUCAUUUGAGAACCCAUGGGGUGAAAAACGGUGCGAACGAAGCGCCCGACAUGUGGCUGCGAACUGACGCGCCGAAGUCACAGGUCCUGGCUGCAGCAGGGGCCGUGGGAAGGUCGAUAGACCGGUGCGAAAAGGGCGGACUUGACGAGGAUCCGAAUGCAGUUCACGUAACAGCCUUGAAUGCCAUGGCAACUGUGGCGGCUCUGGGGCGGAAGCAUCUCUGUUCGGAGUGCCCGGCUGGGUUUCCCACAAUUCAAGCGCUGCGCUCGCACCGAGUGACAACACACGGAUUGGUGGUUGAGCAUGCCUGCGAGACGUGCGGUGCCACCUUCACUUCCAAGAAGGGCCUCAAGGUCCACCUCAGAACUGAGCACCCUCAGAUUUGUCCUCUGUGCGAACAAGUGAUGCCGCAGCGUCGCAGAUGGGUUCUCGAAGUGCAUAUUCGUGAGAACCACCCAGGCGUGUCUGCAGACACUGUGAUUGGUCCUUCGCCUCUAGCUACCGCGGCAGCUGCAGCAGCUUCGAGCGGCGGUGGCAGAGGUAAACGGGUGCGUUCUCGUAGAGAAAAAACCGCCCCCAAACGCCGUCGAACAACACGCCAAACGCCCGCAAACGAAGCCCCAGAUGAUGGUGCCUCUACUGACGCGAAAAGAUCGGGGCCAACGGAGGUGGAUGACUGGAAGGCGUGCGACAAAAACGGCUCUCGCAGUGUUGAAUACCUCUCUGAUACGGAGGAGGGCGAAAGCUCCCUCGUUGCGGCACUGCGCGAAGUAAAAAGUGACGAAGAAGACCGGGUGGAGGACUGUGGUGGUGAGGAAUCCCCAAAAACAAGGCUAAAACUGCACUUUACACCGCUUUCAAAACAACCAGAGAAAAACGUGUCCUCUGUACAUACAAACGCCUCCUGA